UGCGGGGUUGCGUAUUACUCUGAUCCGUCGCAAGUCGCAAUUUGUGAUUUAUCAAAAAAUUUCGAUUCAUUUGCAGUUAUACGUUGGUUAUACAUCGCAUCAUCGGUUCAUCGUGAAUUAUUGAACACCAUUUAAUUUCAUAAAUAACUAGAGAUAACAAAAAAAUGAUGUGGUCGGAAGAUAAAAAUACUACUAAAGACGGUAAAGAGGGAGUUGGAGGUUUUAUGGAUUCUACGUAUGUUGGAGAACCGGAAAAUAAUGAAAAGAAGAUUGCAUCAAUCAGAAUAAGUUCCAUUGUACCUGUGAUGAUUAAACAUAUACAUCAACAUCCUAACGGCGUUCCCUUGUGGGGCAAGCAGAUAAGCAUGCUACAAUUUAUCGCUUAUGUUCAAAACGUCGAACGUGCUACGACAAAAAUUUCCUACGAUCUUGUUGACGAGACCGGAAAAAUAACAGCUUAUCAAUUUCUGGAGACCUCGAACACAGAUAACAAGGGUAUAAUGGAAGUGAAGGUUGGAUCUUAUGCUCGAGUUAUUGGUUGCCCAAGAGAGCAAAACAAAACAGGGCAUAUUUUUAUUAUGAAAAUCAUGCCAGUGUUUUCGAUGACCGAGAUACUGGCCCAUUUGAUGGAAGUCACUUAUAUGUGUCUCAAAUCGAAAGAAGUUUUCUCAAGAUCUAGUUCUUCUAAAUCAACGAUUGGAAGGUCCUCGAUGAUGGAUGACGAUACCAGUCUUCAUGGUAUGAAUGCAGAUCAAGCUCAUGUUUUCAAGAUCAUCAAAGCUGAAAAUCAUUCAGAGACAGGAGCCGUUAAGCAGGACUUGAUAAAAAAAUUGUCACCCGACUUGCGAAAUAAAUUGGAUGGAAUACUGGAAUUCCUUGUCGGUGAAGGUCACAUUUAUACUACAUGUACUGAUGAUCACUUCAAGGCAACAUGAAAAUCAUUGUCUUCACUCAAAUUUGUUAUUUGGGUCAAUAUUAAGUUCCUGAUUAUUGGAAUCAUGUUUUUUUCACAAUGCUGUAACAGGAAGUACUUUCAAAGUUUACUUGCUUCAGAGAAAAGCACAUUCCAACAAUAUCUUGAAAUGUUUUCUUUCUGUUCCUUCUUCACACAUUUCCUUGAUGAAAUGUAAUCGUAUUAUAUUUCUAUUUUGUAAUAAAAAUAAAAAUUUUAAUCAAUA